UAAGAAGGACCCGGAAAAUGCAAACACCAGAGAGCUUCUCGCAGUCUUAAGCUCAACAGUUCUAAAAACCCAUUGACAAGAUGUCCCAAACUUAUUUUAUGAUGAAGCUUCUUCUCGUCGCUAUGUGUUUAAUAUUGAUGGCUUGCAACGAUGGAGCUUCUGCAGGACCAGCAGGUGCGUCAGUACCAACCGAAGCUAAUCGCAGGAUUAGGAGUCGUCCAUUCUUGAGGGUAUCUCCAAGAACCAUCGGCCAAUACGCUCGUUUCAAACCAGACUUGGGAGAUUUCAUUGUUGACGAUGAUGACUUUUUCGAAUUAAACAAGAGGCAAAAUUCGGAUGACUACGGUCAUUUGAGAUUUGGAAAGCGCGAAGAUUUCGAUGAUUACGGUCACUUGCGCUACGGUCGCAGCGGAGAUUCCAGCAGACGAUAGACUCAAGGAUUCUAGAGAUGAUUGUUGUACCCUUUAACUUUUAGCCUGGCUUACUUAUUCAAGUGUUAUAUGAUCGAUUCACCUGCAAUGCUUACUUUUAAACUUUAAAUAAAA